UAUUUUUGUUUUGUCUGCAAAUAAAAUCUUAGAAAAAUGACUGGUUUUGAGGGAGGAAACAAGAGGACCAAAGGCUCUAAUGACUGUCUUACUUCCCUGGAUGACGGUGAUAAAUUUGAAGGCAUCCCAUUGCUUCCCGGUCUUCCGGAUGAUGUAGCCAAGUACUGCCUUGCUCUGGUUCCCCGUUUUAGCUUCCCCGCCAUGGGCGGCGUUUGCAAGACGUGGAGAUCGUUCAUUCAAACCAAGGAAUUCUUACGGGAACGAACGUUGGCAGGGGUGCUUGAAGAGUGGCUUUAUGUUUUGAUUGUGGAUUCCGAUGGAAAGGAUCGGCGGUGGGAGGUUUUUGAUCGUUUGGGACAUGAACGUCAGCUUGUGCCGCCCAUGCCUGGGCCUGCAAAAAUGGGGUUUGGGGUAACUUUCAUUAACGGAAAGCUUCUCUGCAUUGCAGGCUACUCGGUCAUAAAUGGUGUUGCUUCUGCUUCCCCUUCCCCGGAUGUUUACCGAUAUGAUCCUUUCCUCAACAGAUGGAGUAAGUUAGCAGACUUAAACGUUGCUCGUGCCGAUUUCGCCUGCGCGGAGGUGAACGGCAUGGUUUAUGUCGUCGGAGGGUACGGAAUCGAAGGUAAAAGUCUCUCCACCGUGGAGGUGUACGACCCUGAGACAGGUAAAUGGACCGUUAUCGAGAGCCUCCGUCGGCCACGGUGGGGCUGCUUUGCAUGCGGAUUGAACGGGAAACUUUACGUCUUUGGUGGAAGGUCGAGCUUCACAAUCGGAAAUUCGAGGUUCGUCGAUGUUUACGACCCUAUGAGGGGCCGCUGGUGCGAGAUGAAGAACGGCGGUUGUGUCAUGGUCACCACACAUGCGGUGGUGGAGAAGAAGCUGUUCUGCAUAGAGUGGGAGAACCAGCGGAAGGUGGCGAUAUUCGACCCGGAUAACGGUUCAUGGAAGAGGGUUUGGGUUCCAUCGACGGGGAGCACGAGUGUAGGGUUCCGAUUGGGGAACGAGGGUGGGAAGCUUCUGCUUUUCACAGCGGAGGGUGAUCAAACACUGGUGUAUGAUCCGAAUGCAACACCGGGUUCAGAAUGGCGGACUUCGAAUAUAAAGCCUUCGGGUUUAUGCCUAUGCAGUGUGACAAUCAAGGCUUGAAUGUGUAUAUAUAUAUAUUACAUCUUA